AGGACGCUGGACGGGGAGGACGGCAGGCGUGGGAGGUGACCGGAGGCUGAUCGCUUAGCCGCCGGGAUCCUGUCCUGCCUCAAAAGCCCAGGGCAUGGAAGCCGUGCUCCUGACAGCCGGGUGGAAGGAGUUGCUGUCCUUUGAGGACGUGGCUUUGUACUUCACCAGGGAUGAGUGGGAAGACCUUGACUGGGCCCAGCAGGACCUCUACAGAGACGUGAUGCUGGAGAAUUACAGAAACUUGAUCUUGUCGGGAUUUAGGUUUCCCAAACCCGAGGUCAUCUCUCAGCUGGAGCACUGGGAAGAGCCAUGGAUGCUGGAUCUGCCGAGAGCUGGGAAUAGGAAGGCGUCCAGUAGUGCUUGCCCAGGUUCUGAAGCCAGAUGCAAGAUGAAAAAGCUAACUCCAGAGCAAAAAAUUUCUGAAGAAAUGGAGUCAUACAAGCUAUCAGUGGUGAAACAGAAAAGGGCCACGAAAUCUUCAGAAAAGUUAAACACAUGUCAGGAAUCUGUGGACAACUCCAGGCUCGCGUUCCCUGCUGGUGGUGAUGACUGUAACAAGGGCUUCCUUCCAAACCACAACCUGCCUCAGAAUCAGAAUCCUCAAACAAGGGAGACGUGGGGCAGGUAUGAUGAGUACAGAAAACCUUUCCAUCAGAGACCCCUGCCUGAGAGGCAUAAGCCAAUUCUUACAAAAUUUUACAAAUGCAGUGAGUGCAGAAGAGUCAUGAGGCGUAAGGCAGAUUUUAUCCGCCAUCGAAGAAGUCACACUUCAGAGAAUCGCUUUGAGUGUAACGUAUGUGGACAAGCUUUCAAACAGAAUUCGGUUCUUAAUGCCCAUAAACAGUGUCACCCACAGAAAAACCCGUAUCAGUGUCAUGACUGUGGAAAGUUCUUCCGGCAGUUCUCCUACCUUGUUGAACAUAGGAGGACUCACACCAAAGAAAAACCUUAUAAAUGUAGUGAAUGUGAGAAGACGUUUAGUCAGAAUUCAACCCUGAUUCGACAUCAGUUCACCCACAGUGGAGAAAAACCCCAUAAAUGCCUCAAAUGUGGAAAAGCCUUCAGUCGGCAUUCAACCCUUGUGAGCCACCAGCAGAUCCACACUAAACAGAGCGGCCACAAGUGUGACUGUGGGCUGUCCUUUGGUCGGAACAUAGAUCUCAUUCAGCAUCAGAGAACCCACACCAAGAAGAAAUUCUUUCAGUGUCGAGAAUGUGGGAAAACGUUUAGUUUCAAGACAAAUCUUCACCGACAUGAGGUCAUUCAUACUGGAGAGAGACCCUAUAAAUGUGACAAAUGUGGAAAAUCUUUCAGUUGGCACACAAGCUUUAUAAAGCAUCAGGGGACUCACAGAGGACAGACAUCUGCAUGAUGCUGACGGGGAACACUACUGUUUAAAGAGCAGGGCUCACCACUACUGCUUUUUCUGAAACCACGAGAGCCCACUGCUCCUGCUAUGUACACUUCAACCACUGGCUGAUGGGAAUUCAAGUCUAAAUACAAGAUCACCGUCUUCCCUUGUGUACAACAUUUUUAAAGCCUGUGUUUUACGGCUUCCCAGAGUCUCCCUCAUGGGAUUACACACAUUCACGCACGGUGGUAGCUGCUUUAUUGGCUGCCUCCCCUUCUCUGUGUCUCUUUUCCAGUCCCCCUGCCACUGUUUCCACAACCCCCCUCU